AUGAACGGCACCCAACAAGCUUCGGAGCCGCUUGCGCAACAGCCUCUGCAGCCCGCGGCUGCCAACGUCAACGCCAAUGCCAGUGCGAAUGCCAGCGCGAAUGCCAAUGGCAGCUCGACGGUCGCCAAGAAGCGCAAGAAGGAGGGCUUGAAGCCCAUCAUCACCACCGAAACUCCUCAGUAA